AUGAGCACUUUGACCUUACUUACCACUCUUUCAAGUCAAGAUAAGGAAUCCGUAUUGAGUCUCGUAGCCGAUCCAAGUGCUGGUCAUGUCUUUGGCGGUAGUCAACUUGGAGAUAUUCAUGUCUGGUCACUACAUACGUUCUUUCCUAUCACUCGUUUGAUAGGUCAUGAAUCUUCGGUUCUCUCUCUUUCAAUCUCAGUCGAACGAUCUCUGCUCUUCUCAUCAUCCGGGGAUAAUACGGUCAGAGUUUGGGAUUCAACUCGAUUUGGUCCUUCACUUUACAUCAUCAAGCCUCCUAUCGAUAGCUGUGGCGAUGUCUUGAGUUUAGCUUGGUGCGAUCGACUUAACGUACUCUAUCUUGGGUGUCAAGAUGCGUCUAUUCAAUGGAUCACCUUGCCCGUUACCAAGCCUCAUAAUUCUGUACUUCAGGAGACUCCAAAAUCAUGCAACUCACGACCAACGGAUAUCUCACCACACAGUCCCAUCAUCUCUCAAACUCAGUCAAUCGAAAAUACCUUAUCAAAAUUAAAUUUAUCACCUACCUUACUUUCAGAAGUAGGAUCAAAUCGACCUGUCACACCCACUGGAAAUUUAAAUAAUUCAACUAGAUCAGCACAUCAUCAUAAAUUCUUUGAUUCACUUUCUCAAGCUGAAUUAUUAAAAGCCGCUAGAAGGCGAGAUCAAAAUCAUAAUCAACAAUCAAGUCAUUUUUCAGAUGAGAGUCCAACCUUUGCUAGAUUUCCUAAAGCUCAAGCUUCAUAUGAUCUUUCUUCUAGUCAAGGUUCACAUUCUAAAACAGAUGGAAUAGAGGUUUUAUUCAUUUCAAAUUCAGAUUGUGUUACUUAUGCUCAUUUCGGUUACAUUUAUUGUCUUCUUCUUAUUCACCUCAAUCAGCAACCUUAUCUGAUAUCUGGAUCUGGUGAUUCAACCAUCAAAGUUUGGUCAAUCGAUCCUCAAUCCGGAGCUCUUAAACCACCAGCCAAAACUCUUACUUCAUUUAAUCCAGUCACACCCAUCACAACACCACAACCCAAUGUGACGGCUAAAAAAAGUUUGGCAACCGAUUUAGGAGCAGUUUUGACAAUGACAGUACAUGGUUCUACUUUAUAUUCAGGUUAUCAAGAUGGUUUAAUUAAAAUUUGGGAUCUUGAUACUUUUACUUGUAUUCGAACUCUUUUUCAUCGUGGAAUCUCUCAACCUACUCUUAAUUCUUCUCUUGAUAAAUCUUUAGAUGAUAUCCUUACAAUGACCGUUUUAGAUAAUGGUGAAAUGUUUUCGGGUUGUGCUGGUGGGAUGAUGGUGAAAUGGGACUCUUCAUUUGAACGUGUAUUGAAAUGGACAUCUCAUCAAGGUAGUGCAUUAGCUUCUUGCUUCACCUUUCAUAAUGGCAAACGACUUCUGCUUACUGGAGGCAGCGAUAAUUGCAUCAAGGUCUGGGACGUAUAUCCAGAAGAACAAAGUGAUUUACAACUAUCAUUGACCGACUCAGCUGGUGUUUCAACAGCUCGAAUCGCUUUCCAAGGUCGGAUGUUGCGUCAUUUAAGUCAAUUUGUUUCGUAUCGGUCUAUCAGUAAUGAUCUACAUCGGGAAGAUUGUCGACAAGCUGCACUUUAUCUCAAAAAGUCACUCGUUCGUUUAGGUGCGGAUGCUAGACUGCUUCCUGGAGAUCCGAAUCGGAAUCCAUUAGUUUUAGCCACUUUUACAGGUAAAUCAUCAGCCCUUUCACCACCAGCUCGACCUAGGAAAAGGGUUUUGUAUUAUGGACAUUAUGAUGUAGUUCAAUCUGGUGAUGUAAAUGAUUGGAGUUCACCACCAUUUGUCAUGACCGGUCAGAAUGGUUGGUUGUAUGGUCGAGGUGUAUCUGAUAAUAAAGGACCUACUUUAGCUGUUGCUUGUGCGGUAUCCACUUUAGUUGAUCAGAAAUCAUUAGAUGUGGAUGUGGUGAUGUUGAUUGAAGGUGAGGAAGAAGCUGGUAGUGCAGGGUUUCAAAAAGCUGUACAGGAAAACAAAGAUCUUAUUGGUAAUAUUGACGUGAUCUUGGUCAGUAACUCGUAUUGGCUUGGUGAUGAUGCUCCAUGUAUGACAUUUGGUUUACGAGGUGUAAUCCAUGCCACUGCCAGAGUAACAAGUCUUCAACCGGAUCUACACUCGGGUAUGCAAGGUGGAACAGUACAUGAACCGGUGCUUGAUUUAGUUAGAAUCUUGAGUAUGUUGGUAGAUGAUGUUGGAAAGAUUCGAUUAGAUGGAUUUUAUGAAGGAGUUAGACCUAUCAGUAGUGAAGAAGAUAAAAUGUAUGAUGCUAUCAUUGAACAUCUAAAUGGUGAUGAAAGUGCGAAUUUGUUGAAACAUUCACAUAUUACUGAUACCAGAGCACAUUUAUUAGCCAAAUGGAGACAACCAGCGUUGAGUAUACAUAAAGUAGAUGUCACUGGACCUGCUCAUUCGACUGUGAUCCCAUCUUCAGCUCAAGCAGCUGUUUCGAUUCGAAUCGUACCAGAUCAAUCACUUGAAGAAAUCUCAAGUUCGUUUGUUAGUUUUUUAGAAACCGCCUUUGAGAAUUUAAACUCAAGGAACAAAUUAGAGGUUACCAUUAAUCAUACUGCUGGAUGGUGGUUAGGAGAUUUAUCAGGACCUUAUGUUCAAGCUAUUGGUGAAAGUAUUUUAGCUGAAUGGGGUACUGAACCUUUAUGGAUUCGGGAAGGUGGAUCGAUACCUGGAAUCCCAUUCUUAGAACAAGAAUUUGAAGCAAAAGCCAUUCAUUUACCUAUGGGAGCUGCAUCUGAUUCGGCUCAUUUACCUAAUGAAAGAAUUAAGAUGGUUAACUUGGAGAAAGGAAAGAAUGUAGUAGCUAGAUUUUUAUUAGCUAUUGCCAAAAUUAAAGAAACUUGAAAUGAUCAUGAUGGUGAUACAUAAUUAUCAUGAAUCUGAUCCAUUCAGGGUGUUUUGGGUUUUUUUUUUGUUGCUUGUUCAUCUAGAUUGAAGAUGAUAGAAUUUUUUUUGUUUUUUUCUCUCAAAAGGUUUGAUAUUUAGGACUCUUUAAAGGAAUUUGGAAAGGAAAAGCCAAAAUAAAAAAAAUACUAAAAGUCUUGUAUAUUAUUUAAGGUUUUAAAGGUUUACAAAGAAAAAAAAAUGAAAUUGGUUGUUUUGUUUGGAAGGAUAAUUACUUUUUGUAUCUAGAGUUCAUAUACUAUUCUUUCUGUUUGGAAACCAAAUCAAAUC